AUGCAUCACUCGACCAUGAGCUCGGCGGGAAAGGGUAUACUACUGCUGGCUAUACUAGGAUUAUUGCAUGCUGCGUACUCGGCCUAUGAACACCUAUCAUUACUUAAAGCUCUAGACCGGCCUUCGCGGGUUCCAAUCGACAUUGCCAUCGAAUCAAUCCUCGCAUUCGCCGUGUUUUUAUUCGGCGUGUCACUCUCUUCAUCUGAGCUCAAGGAGAUCUCAUGGGCCAGCGAAAUGCGCUACAGAAAAAUAGACGAUGUCCACUCGCGUCUUGGCUUUGCUUCGUUCAAUCACCGUGGAAAACAAUUGUACGGCGGCAAAGCACCAGCAGAGUGA